GCACCGCCACCCCACAGCCACUUUGGAGGCAGGCAGGCAGAGGGUGCAGCCGACAUAACUUCCUCUGCUCUCUAGGGAGCCUCCUCGCUCCCCCGCCCUCCUCCAUCCAUCCCUCCUCCGUGCCCGGCCCGGGAAGGAGAGCUGCUGCGAUGGGCACAAGGGGAGGACGAGCCCUUUGCCUCUCGUGGUGCCUCUGUGCCAUCCUCGCCCCCCCGCGGGCAGGAGCCCUGACAGUGGAGGCCACGGAGGUGGAGCUGGACUUCUUCCAGGAGAGCUUCCCCUCGGAGAAGAUGUCUGGGGAGUUCCUGCAGGACUUUGACGAGGAAGAGCUCCUCCACGUGGACUGGGCCCAGAAGCAGAAUGUCUGGAGGCUGCCGGACUACGCCAGCCGGGUCAGCUUUGAUGUGCAGGGCGCCCUGGCCAACAUGGUGGUUAUGAAGAGGAACAUGGAGAUCCUGAUCCAGCGCAGCAACCGGACGCGGGCCCAGAACGUGGCUCCUUCGUCAACAGUGGUGUACCCUAGAAAUCCUGUGCAACUGGGGGACCCCAACGUCCUCAUCUGCUUCGUGGACCGCUUCUCUCCCCCGGUGCUGAACAUCACCUGGCUGAAGAACAACGAGGUGGUCUCGCAGGGCGUGGAGGAGACUGGCUUCUACCCCAGUGCGGACAACACCUUCCGCAAGUUCUCCUACCUCCCCUUCGUUCCGGAGCAGGGGGACUUCUACGUCUGCCAAGUGGAGCACUGGGGCCUUCCCGAGGGGAGGUUGGAGAAAAUCUGGCAGUCGAAGGAGCCAGCUCUCAUUCCCGAGACAGCGGAGAACGUGCUCUGCGGCCUGGGCUUAUCCAUUGGCAUUCUGGGCAUCGUUGCUGGCCCCAUCAUCUUCAUCAAGGCCAUGAGGAUGAAGGAGGGCAGCAACCGUCGCAGGGGCCCCAUAUAAGCAAGGAGGAGACAGGUGGCCCUUUCCUGACAGUUUCUCCACAGCGCCCUGAAAUGCAUCUCCCAAGACUUUGUUUCUUCAGUCAGCUGGAAGGACCUGCUACUUGCUUGCCCAUGUGCUCACCUGGCCUGCUCUGCCCUCCCCAAAGCACCCCACUGGCAUCGAAAGAGCAACAGAGAGUCGGAGGCUGAUGUGGCAUCAGCAGAACUGGGGGACUCCACGCUAGUGCAUUCCAGCAUCAGCCAAAGGGCUCAGAUAUGCCAUACUUUUAAAAAAACCUGUUUCUCCUUGCCAUAGGCAGGAUGAGGACCUCUGAGGGAUGUUGUACUGUUUCCAUCCAUGAGAAAUCCCCCCCGCAACUUCUCAGAUUUUAGUGGGCACUUCUGCACUUUGAAGCUUCCUCUGUCACAUUUUUAAAGGCUAGAAAUAUUUCAGUUUCUAAAACCGAAUAUUAAAUCUGCAUCUUUGGAUGCACACCUUAAUGUGGUGAGGGGGUUUGAGUGUGCUGAAGAAGCUGAGAGCAAAGCCCUCAGGAGUCUUGACCAAGAGGCUAGACUCCUAGCAGGGGCACCCAUGGCAGAAUGGUCAAAGCUGAAACACCAGACUAAUAUGCAUCCAAACUCAGAGGAAGGCAAUGGUAAACCACCUCUGAAUAUCUUGUACCACAAAAACCCUAGGAACAGAGUAUCCAAAAUGCAACACGAGAUAGUGCUGGAAGAUGAGACCCCCAAUUCAGAAGGCACUCACCGAACUACUGGGACAGAACAAAGGACAAGUACGAGUAGCACUGUGACUACUGACGCAGCUGGGUCAAAGCCGAAAGGUAGUCCAGAGGCUGAUGCGCACAGAUGUGAAAGGAGAGUCCAGAGUUGUACGACACACACGAUAGGAACAUGGAAUGUGAGAAGCAUGAACCAGGGAAAGUUAGAAAUUGUCAAGCAAGAAAUGGAACGCAUCAACAUUACAAUACUUGGUGUGAGCAAACUAAAAUGGAUGGGAAUGGGACAUUUCCAAUCAGGCAACUACAAAAUAUUUUAUGCAGGAAAUGAGAAAUUAAGAAGAAAUGGGGUUGCUUUAAUAGUGAGAAGUGAUGUAGCAAGAGCAAUUAGGAGCUACAACGCAAGGUCUGAGCAAGUGAUAGCAAUGAGAUUAAAUGGGAAACCUAUCAACAUAACCAUCAUCCAAGUCUAUGCAAACACAGAAGAAGAGGAAUUGGAGAGAUUAUAUGCAGAAGCACAGGAAGAUAUUGAUCACACACCAAAACAAGAUGUGCUGAUAAUCAUGGGGGAUUGGAAUGCAAAAGUAGGGAAGAGAGAAGAAUUAGGAAUUGUGGGGAAAUGGGGCCUAGGAGACAGAAACGAAGCAGGAGAAAGACUUAUUGGAUUCAGUGUAGCUAAUAAUUUGUUUCUUGCGAACACAUUUUUUGAGCAACCGAAAAGACGACUAUACACGUGGACAUCACCAAAUGGUCAAUAUAGGAAUCAAAUUGAUUAUAUAAUUGGUAGCAGAAGAUGGAGAAGUUCCAUACUUUCUGCAAAAACAAGACCAGGAGCAGACUGCGAUACAGAUCAUGAACUGGUCGUAUCGAAAAUCAGAGUAAAGCUAAAGAAGACCAACAAAGCAAUCAUAAUGCCAAAAUACAAUUUAAAUAACAUCCCAGAAGCAUAUAAAGAUCAAAUAAGGAACAGCUUUGAGGCUUUAAACUUAGUUGACAGAGAACCAGAAGAACUAUGGAAUGAAGUCAGAGACGUUAUCAGAGAAGAAUGCAAAAAGACGAUACCUCUAGUUAAAAAGAGAGAAAGACCCCAAUGGAUGACUGAAGAAACUCUUCAAAUGGUUAAAGAGAGAAGGAAAGCAAAAGCAAAAGGAGAUAGAAACACAGAACCCUAAAUGCAACUAUACAACAACUAAUACGUAGGGACAAAGAGAACUAUUACAAUAGUUACUGUAUAGAAAUAGAAGAGGACAACAAAAAGGGAAGAACAACAGCCAUAUUCCAAAAGAUUAGAGAAAUGAAAGGGAAAUUUAAACCAUGAGUAGGGAUGUUGAAUAAUCAACAGGGGAACACACUGACUGACUGAGAUGAAAUAAAAGGAAGAUGGAAGCAAUACACUGAAGAACUCUAUAAAAGAGAUGACAGGAUGACAGAUUCAUUCACGGAGGAACCAUAUGAUGAAGAACCAGAAAUUUUAGAAUGUCAGGUGAAAGCUGCUCUUAAAAUACUUGGAAGAAACAAAUCACCAGGAAUAGAUGGCGUAACAAUAGAGUUGCUACAAGCUACUGAGACUGAAUCUGUCCAAAUUUUGACUAAAAUCUGUCAAGAAAUAUGGAAAACUAAACAAUGGCCCAAAGACUGGAAGCGUUCCCUAUACAUCCCAAUUCCAAAGAAAGGGGAUCCCAGGGAAUGCAGUAAUUAUCGAACGAUUGCCUUAAUAUCCCAUGCAAGUAAAGUAAAGCUCAAGAUUCUACAAGAAAGGCUCUUGCCAUAUAUGGAGGGAAAAAUGCCAGACGUCCAAGCUGGAUUUAGAAAGGGAAGAGGUACCACAGAUCAUACUGCAAACAAAUGUUGGAUAAUGGAACGGACCAAGGAAUUUCAGAAGAAAAUCACCCUGUGCUAUAUAGAUUACAGCAAAGCCUUUGACUGUAGAUCAUGAAAAACUAUGGAAUGCUUUAAAAGAAAUGGGGGUGCCACAGCACCUGAUUGUCCUGAUGCGCAGCCUGUACUCUGCACAAGAGGCUACUGUAAGGACAGAAUAUGGAGAAACCGAUUGGUUUCUAAUCGGAAAAGGUGUGAGACAGGAGUGUAUUUUAUAACCCUAUUUAUUUAAUCUAUACGCAGAACAUAUCAUACGGAAAGCGGGAUUGCACCAAGAUGCAGGAGGUGUGAAAAUUGGAGGGAGAAAUAUCAAUAAUUUAAGAUAUGCAGACGAUACCAUACUACUAGCAGAAACCAGUAAUGAUUUGAAAUGAAUGCUUAUGAAAGUUAAAGAGGAAAGCACAAAAGCAGGACUACAGCUGAACGUCAAAAAGACUAAAGUAAUGACAACAGAAGAUUUAUGCAACUUAACAGUUGACAAUGAGGAUAUUGAACUUGUCAAGGAUUAUAUCUUGGCACAAUCAUUAACCAAAAUGGAGACAAUAGUCAAGAAAUCAGAAGAAGGCUAGGACUGGGGAGGGCAGCUGUGAGAGAACUAGAAAAGGUCCUCAAAUGUAAAGAUGUAUCACUGAACACUAAAGUCAGGAUCAUUCAGACCAUGGCAUUUCCGAUCUCUAUGUAUGGAUGUGAAAGUUGGACAGUGAAAUCAUUAGAAAAGAUAAUAAUGCUUGGAAAAACAGAAGGAAGUAGAAGAAGAGGAAGGCCAAACAAGAGAUGGAUUGAUUCCAUAAAGGAAGCCACAGACCUGAACUUACAAGAUCUGAACAGGGUGGUUCAUGACAGAUGCUCUUGGAAUCAGGUCACUGAUUCAUAGGGUGGCCCUAAGUCAUCAUCGACUUGGAGGCACAUAACAAGAACAAAUUGUCUAUGCAAUAUCAGGUACAGAAUGCACACCCCUGUGAGGACCCUGACCCAGGAGGGGUUAAUUCCCUCUCCUUUUAGCUGCAGGACGAUGCAAGCGAGACCCUCUGCUCAGGGGUGAUGAGGCUGCACAGUGUCCAGGGCAGAUUCUGUGGCUUGGACUUGGGGUGCCAACAUUCCCCAGUCACAGGCUCUCCCCAUCUGACACCCAGGGUUGCAAAUCUUCCUCCUGGCCCUUUCAGAGACUGGUAUGUUUUAUUCUGGAGAGUUUGGGGGGGGGCUUCCUCUCUUGCAUUGAGGACAUUUGCAGGGCACAAGGAGACGCUGUGCCAACAGCCACAUCUGCAACAAAGCAUGGCAUUUCAUCUCCCCCAUCACCCCAUCUCCUGUUUUUGGAGAGAGACUUGUCCAGUUCUGUGCGCUGCACUGCAGUGACCUCAGGUGCUUGAUCCAUCACUAUCUACAUGCCCCAAUAUUAUAUUUGUCCAGUACAGCAAACUCCAGAUCAUGUCUGUCUGAAGUGAAGGCUCUCUUUCCUUCUGCAAAAUAAAAUUCAGAUUUUG